UCAUGACGUUUAACAUAGUUGGCUUCACGUUAGCGCAGAUAACGUAACUUCAUAUCACGCAAUAAAAAGCACAAUAGCCUCUUAAUUUGUCUGAUUUCGCUUAAUUAAAAUGUCUGUCCCACCUGGAUCCAUACUCGUGUCGGAUUGGCAUCGCUGUCCAGACAGCAGGGAGUUUUUCAGCAGGAUACUGCAUAAGAAAAAACGGCGAAAGUUUGGGCUCUUGGAAGCGCCAAUGAUGCCUCCCCAUAUGAAUGUGGAUCUCGUUCGCUACAAGGUCUUCCUCUCAGGGAAAACCGGAGUCGGGAAAAGCGCUCUUGCUGCCCGUCUCGCUGGCCUCGAUCUCCCCAGACUGCACUAUGAGACCACAGGCAUAGAGACAACAGUGGUCUUCUGGCCUGUAAGACUAAAGGAGAGUGGCCGUGUGUUGUUUUUCCGCUUUGAGCUUUGGGAUUGUGGGGAAAGUGCAAUACGAAGAUUUGACCACAUGUUACCGUCCUGUAAGGAACAGGUGGAUGCCAUCCUUUUCCUUUUCUCCUUCAUUGAUCGUGGCUCCUUUGAUGAUCUUUCAAAUCAGAUAUCACGGAUCACAGAACCUUCGGAUCGAGUGGUUAACUUGGUCGUUGGCACCAAAUUUGACUUAUUUAUGCACACAGAUGUGACAGAGAGCGACGUAACACAUUUUCAAGAGGUUUGGGGUCUUCCGGUCUUCCGAGUGGGAGGUGAUGUGACUGCGGGGCUUGGUGAAGUAGCACCCCCUAAUGCCCUUGCAGAAAACCUGUGGCACCAAGACUGUAUAGCUGCCUCAUCUGUGUCCAUCUCCACACAGGCUGCUCUCAGAGGAACAGACUCAGAGAUCAUUGUAUAGCUUGUACGUGUGUUGUGGUUCAAUCUCACAAGGACUGGUCAUUCACGGAUGGAAUAUGCUGCUAUGGAAACGCUCUAAAUACCACUUACUAUUUUUCGCUUUCUAAAUGGCUAUAAUUUUAUUAGUCAUUUCAGUCAGUGACAAAUAUCUGUGAGUCAAUAAAUGGUGAACAAAAAUAUUAAAAUGUCAUGAAAUGAGUUGGCUUGUAGUUUCAAGAGUUGAAAGAAAAAACAUUAUGUGCAUACAUUCAUGAAGCUCAUUAUAUAUCGAAGUCAAAAAAUAAAUAAAUUAACAUUUGUUUUUGAUUAAUAACCCAAUUGAUUUAGUACAAUAUUGAAAGAAGGAAACAGAUUAACAGUUUCUAAAAUGGUUAAAAAUACAUCCAAGCAUUAGGUUUUCACGUCUUUGAAUGAAUCCAUGAUUGGCAAGCAUUUUGCUGUAUGCUUUUGGGCUUUAAUGCUCAACAAACCACCUUUCUCUAGAGAAGAUGUGACUGACAUUGGACCCACAUCAGCUGGGAACUGACACUUCUGACAAACAGCAUCCAUCUGAUGCCAACUGAUUCAGCAGUGAAGUAAAAUGGAAAUUAGAAUACAACAAUGAGCAAGAUAUUGUGUAAAAACACAAAUAAAUAAACCUAAUAUUAAAUGCUCUUGAUUUUUAAAAGAAAAUGUGUUUGAGAGAAAACAUGCUGUUAAAAUUGCCUUUAGAGUUUAUUUUGCUUACCUUUUUUGCACAGACUUGUAUUGAAUUAUUGUGGAGAUUACAAUAACUUCUGAUGCAAACUCGCUUACAUCCACUGAGAAUAUAUACAGAUCUCCAACCGUCCACAUUUCCCCCUCUAAAAAACAGAUGUUCAUUGUAAGUUCCUUAUUGAAUUCAAAUUAAUCGUGUAUUGUGUUAAAACAAAUUAAAAGUCUACAACAGUCCAGAACUCACCUUUGAAUCAUUGCUUGUCACUGAUGAUUUGUAUGGUUGGAAAGGUAACAGAUAAGUGCACUUUAAUCCAGCUCUUUAAUUAACUGAAAAAGAUUGUGUAUGCUUUGUAAUUGGUGAGCAUUUGGUGCUCAUUUCCUCAGUGUAAAUGUUUAGACCAGUGCAAUGCUUACUUAUAUACCAGUGGUUGCUUCUGGGGUUUUGGGUGAGGCUAGUAUGACAUCAAUGUGCAUAAUGUAUCAUAUUUAAGAGAGAACAGAUUCAUCUUGUAGGGUGUUAAUAACAUCCUGUCUGUUCAGCCCUGGAUUUAUUUGAAACAGUCUGUUAAGGAAUACCCUCUGUAGAAGUCU